AAAAGAGCUACUAUCACCCGUUCGAAAACCUUAAGGCAAAACGGCACGUUCUACAAUCGGUUCGACAGAUGAUAACCGGAUAAUGUAGCGACCAACAGUGGGGCGCUGGGUGCGACCCGAGAAGCGCACAAGUGGGACAUCAAACGAGCACGUGUUUUUCACACGGUACGUGACAGCCAACCGGCGCUAGCAGGGCAGAAUGGUAGUAGUGACGGAAUCGGUCAUGACAGCAUCCAACCGGGCACCAGCAUGAUUGCGAUGGCGACACUGGCAGCAGCAGGAGCAGCUUCAGCGCCAGCAGCAGCAUCCGUUCGAGCCGAUUGCUCCAGCAGUGGUGUGGCGCUUCGAAAUAAAUUCUUCGCCGUUGUCUUGCGCAAGGCGACCGACGCUCUCGUUGGAAUCCCAGAACCCCACAAACGACCCAGACGAUGUCAGUGCUCGGUACUGUGUGUUGAGGAAAGAAGCGGAACGAGAAAAGAAUACAAAUGGGUUAAGUGUGCCCCAAGAGCAGAGCCCCGGAAAGGUGGAGCCGAUUAUCACAAGGUAGUAGGCGGCGAUCGUCGUGUAGGGGUACCGAUCGAUCGUGGGUUUUGCAGUGUGGAGUAGAUUUCAAUCCAUCCAUCCAUCCAUCCGCCACGACCACAUUCA